UCAAUUGAUUUACUUAAAAUUAUAAAUAGUAUUUAUUUUCUCUUCUAAAUUCUAAAAAAAAAAGAAAUGUUUACUACUAAAAAGCCAUUUAAAACAGAAUAUGCCGUGGAAAUGACUUGUAAUUCAUGCGUUGAGUCUGUGAAAAAAGUUUUAACUCAAAUUCCGGGAAUUAACCGGUUUGAUAUUGACCUUAAUGAUCAAAAAGUCAUUGUCGAAGGAACAGCGCCUCCUUCAGCUGUUUCAAAAAAAUUAAAAGAAACAGGAAAGAAAGUAAUUGUACGCGGGCAAGGCACUAUUCAAGGUCAGCACGCUGGUGCAGCAGUUUGCAUUUUUGAUAAUUAUACUUAUAUACCAUUAGAUCAAGGUGAAACUACACGAUUAAAAAAACCACAAGGACUUGCUCGCUUAGUUCAAAUAGACACCGAUAAUUGUUUGAUUGAUGUUACAAUACAGGGGAUAUCUCCUGGGUAUCACGGAAUUCACAUACAUGAAUUGGGAGACAUUUCAAGAGGUUCUGAAAGUACCGGAAAUCAUUAUAAUCCAGAUAAUGUUGAACAUGGAAAUAUUGAAAAAGGUCAUGUUGGAGAUCUUGGAAAUAUUUAUGUUGAUGAAAAUGGUUGGGGAGAUUUAGUGAUCGAAAGUAAUAGAGUUAAAGUAUGGGAUGUUAUUGGGAGAUCUAUGGUCAUUUCACAUAAAAAAGAUGAUGAAGGAAAAGGAGAUAACAAACAAAGUAAAAUUGAUGGAAAUUCUGGUCCCGGAAUUAUUGCUGGAAUUAUUGCAAGAUCUGCUGGUGCUUUUGAAAAUACGAAGAAAGUAUGUGCUUGUUCUGGUCAAACUCUUUGGGAAGAAGCUAGAAUUUAUGAUAAGUUAAAUAAGUAAUGAGGUAAAGUAUAUGAUAGUACUAAUUUAAUUUAUUAAAAAAAAAAACUGAAAU